CCCAAUGGAAUAAAAAAAUUAAAAUCCCUAAAAUAAUUAUAGCAUUCAUUUUCUUAUAUCAGAUAAUCGUGAAAGCAUUUAUAGAUUUCAAGAUAUAGAAAAUUCUUAUCGUUAUCUAGAUUUUUAAAUGCUAUAUUUGUUUUGAAUAAUUUUAAAUAUAAUUUGAAAAUUUCAAUUAGAGUAAGAAAAAUAAGUGUAAAUAAAAUGCCAAUAUUCAAUUUAAAUUAUAUGCAUAUUUGAAUCCAUUAUAGAACUAGAAAUAUUAAUAUAAUUUCAAAAAUUUUUUAAAUAUUAUGAAAUAGGUUAAAGAUAUUUGAUUUAUAAUUGCUGUUUUUUGGUUCUAAAUAUAAAUUUAACGUUAGUCGUGAAAUUGUUAUAUAUAAAGUUAUUGCAUUAAGAAAUUAUUAUUUAUUUCAUUUAUAAAACUAUUAAUUUAUAUGCCAUAUAUUGAUAAAAAUUUUGAAAUAUUUUGAUCAAGCUAUCUACAUUUAAUUUUGGCUUUUAUUGUUAUGUUAAAAUGUAAUUUUACCGGUUUACAUAUAAAACAUGUUAUGUACAUAAUAUUGUAUAUGUACAAAAAAAAAAAGAUUUUUUAUUUAAAAUACUAUAUAUAAACCAAUUCUUUGAUACAAUCUUUGAUACAAAGUUUUAAAUAAAAAAAAAAUUGCAAUGGAUCGAACGAAUAUAGGAAAUACAUUGGGAAGAAAUUUAACAUCUCCGCGGAAGCGUAUGUCGAUUAUUCAAUCUUUAAGAAAAAAUAAUUCAACAAUAAGUGUAUCUGGACGAUCAAAUCAAUCCGUACAAAUAAUAUGUAAAUCACCGAACCAUGUAGUCGAGAGCUUUGGAUCAUCUUUACCUGUACUUGUUACAGAAGCUUUAACAUUUGUAGAUAGAAAUAUUGCAGUCAGUGUUAAUAUUUCAAUAGAUGGUUGGGCUUGGCUUGUAUGUGGUCGAAGAUUACUUGUAUGGCAAUGUAAGACUACCAUUCAUGAUUCAAAACAAAAAAGAACUUUUAAAAGUCAGUGUCGAGAAUUAUUAUUACCCCAAAGUGAUUUAGCUCAUAAAGCAGAAUGUGUAGCUGUAUGGUUACCUCCAGGCUAUCAGGUACCUAGUUGUAUGGCAGUUUCUCCUGAAGGUAUUGUACGUUUUUGGGUUAGUGUUGCACAUGAAGAAUCUUCUGUAGAAACAAGUGCAGAACUUGCUGGACAAGAAGUUGAUUGUCUUACUUACAUUCCUGGUCAUGGUUGUAUUUUAGCUACAACCACAUGUACAGUAGCAUUGUUACAAUCACAGUUUAUUGGUGGUAAAAAUAGUGUUACUUGUCAAGUUCUUAGAACAAGUCAAGGAUGGCUAGGAGGUAUAGGAAGAAGAAUGACUUCUCUUAUCUUUGGUGCUAUACCUCAAUCCCCAGUUACAGAAACAAAAUUAGUAAAAGUUACUUGCACAACCUUAGGAGAUAGAGGAUCAAGAGUUCUUAUUUUAGCUGGUUCAUCUUUGCAAUAUUGGUCUUUUCCUUAUAAUGAACAAGAGAAAAUAGAGUUUGAUGAAGAUAUUGGACAUAUUAUUUCACAAACUUUCCAAAGAAAAAUUUGGGAAUCAAGUGCAUGUAAUCCACAAAACAUGGAAACCUGGCUGAUUGAUAUGCAACCAUGUAAUGAAGGAAUAGUCUUUUUAAUGGCAGCUUAUUGUGCUGAUGCAUCAUCUUUUAUUGAAUUUGCAUUAGGUUUGAUACAAUUAUCUGGUACAACAUUAGCAAAUACAUUUAAAUGGUUUAUACCAAUUAAAAUCGAUCCUAUUUCAUAUCAUAAUGAUGCUGAAUCAACUUUAGUUUCUUAUCGCUUUAUAUUAUGUGGUUGGGAAGCUAUUAUAUAUAAUCAAUAUAAAGUACUUGUUGUGAAUUGUACAUCUGAAAAUGAACAGGACAAAAUAGAUUUAGUGCGAGGUGGGGAUGAUAGUAUUCUUGGUGGUGCAUUGUGUUCAGGAACUCCAGUUUUAUUUACUAAAAACUUCGGAUUAGUUUCUAUUAUGCCAUCAGAUUUUAUAUCACAAGAUUUUAAUAUGAGUUACACAGAUAAUACAAGUGCUGAUUAUAAUUAUCGAUCUAAUUCGACACAAAAUUUUACUAGUCUUAUUAGUAAUGAAGAAGUUCAAGAUAUGUUUUAUAGUUCUGAUAAUUCUACGCAAUUACGUGCUGCAUUUCUUCUUAGUUUACGACAAAAUAGAGCACAAUGUGAAGAAAUUUUAUCACAACUUUUUCCUUUGCAAGAAGAACCAAUAAUGGAUAUAGAUGCUAAUCUUGAUACAUUGAUUUUAAAAGUUGCUAAAGAUUUGAUAGAUGAUUAUCCAGCAAAUGAUCCACGUUGGUCAAAUCAUAGAGAUUUGUCCAUGACAAUAAAUGCAGUUACUUCAAUGCAAAUACCUAAUCAAUUAGAAGGAAAACAGAAAGCUAUAGAUUUAUUUAUAAUAUUUUUAAAAGAACAUGAUUUAUGGAAUAGAUUUUGUGCUGUUACAUAUAGGGGAAUAAUUAUAUCUACACCAUAUGUUCUUGAAGAAUACGCAGAAAAAAUAAUUGCAGCAUUAACCAUAUAUAAUCUUCAAAAUAAAUAUGCAGAUAUUAUAGAUACAAUAAUAGAACAAACUUUAAGUCCUGAAUCAUAUGUAUCUGAUGAAUUAACGGCUCGUGAUAUAUUUUAUCGCGAAGUUAGUACUGUGCAUCGUUUUCUUCCUACUUUAGUGAAUAAUGCAUCAGAGGUAACUCAAUCUGAAAGACCUAUUCAACAGGUAGCACAUUAUAUUAUGCAAGUAAAUGCUAUAUUAUUAGGUGUAUUACACGAAGUGAUGAAAUACCGACAACAUAAUGCUGAACGAUUUCUUCCUACAAGAUGUUCGUAUGGUAUAACUGAAUAUCUUCCUUGGACAGCAGCAAUUGGAAGACAUGGAUUAAGAAAUUGUCUUACUACAAUGUAUAAUUUAACUCUUAAGCAUGGCAUAACUGGAACCAAUGAUUCAACUGUAAGGAACGAAUUGUACGAACAGUUAGUGAGUUAUAUAGAUUUAAUAUUAGAUGGUCGAAAAUGUCAUUUGGAAAGUGUUAAGGGUACAGAAAAAUUUGAAAUACUUUUGAAGCAAUAUGAAACGGAUCGAAUGAAUCUAAUUCAACCAUUGAUAAAAGAAGAACAGUACGAUAAUGCUGCAAUGUUAGCUGAAAAAUAUUGUGAUUUUGCAUCUCUCAUACAAAUAUGUGAAUUAACUAACAAUAAAAGUCGAUUGGAUGGAUAUAUAAAAAAAUUUGCAGCUCAAGAUUUCGUGGGAUUUUUAUUUUCAUGGUAUGUAAAAGAUGGUCGACAGGGUCAAUUAGUAGAAAAAUGUAGACGCGAUGGUACAAUUGAAUUAUCAGAAAAAUUGGCUGAACAUCCAACUUUAUCAUGGGUACAAUCUGCUCUUAUGGAUGAUUUACGUUUUGCUGCUAAUACUCUUCAUUCUUUAGCAAUUCAGGAAAAUGAAUUAGUGACACGUAAGAAGUCCAUGCUUUCUUUAGCAAAAUUGGCUCUUCUUGCUUCGGAUGAUUUAGAAGAAGAAAUAAGAGAUUGUGUGAAAAGAAUUGAUAAUGAAUUGGCAUUGAUAGCUCAUCAGGAAGAUUUACCAACUCAAUUACUUACGACGUACGGUUAUGAUGUAGAAAAAUUACGAGUAUUUACACCAACAGAAUUAAUUACGUUAUAUACAUCUGAUGAUAAUGUUGAGGCAAAUGAAUAUGAUUUUAAAAAAGCUCUUGAUUUGCUAAAAUACAUGGAACAAGAAGAUGAAAAAGUGUCUUUAAAAUUACAAAUUUGGGCACGAGCCGCUAAACGAGAUCAAUGGGAUACUAUAGGAAAGAAUCCAGAACAACAAGUACAAGAAACUAUAUUUUUUAAGUUAAUGGAUCUCGCACAUUUUAUGGGAGGUGAAGUAAAUGAAUUUCUUCCUCCAAUUGAUAUGCUUUUGAUAGAACCUGAAUUAGGAAAUCUUGCUGCAUCAAGUAAUUUUCAAUUUUUGAUAAAAUUCGUAUAUGAAUAUGCAUAUAGCAAUUAUUAAUCUAUUUGAAUAAUUUAAAUUAUAAUAUUAAAUAAAAAAAUUCAUAAAUAAUUAAUAAAAGAAAUGAAAAAUUAAUUUUUUUAUUUUAUAUAAUAAAAUUUAUAUAAGUAUUUGAAAUAUAAAUAAGAUAAAAAUAUAUAAUGAGAUCAAUAUUACAUUCUGAUCUGCAGAAUUAUUAUAAUCAAUAUUUUGUUGAUUUAUUCUUAUGAUGAAUCUUACUUGAUCCGGUGUUUUACAAUCUAUUUCUGAAAUUUUUAUUAUUUGUAUAUAUAUAUUCAUCAUAUUUGAUAUAUUUUUUAUAUAAUUAAUAUUUACCUGCACAUUUAUAUAAAGAAGUUACAUUUUGGAUAUGAAGAUACAAAUUAGGACAUGCUGAAAUACUGGUACAUUUAAAGUGAUCAGUUAAUAUAAUUUCUUUAUAACCAGCUAAUUCUAUACAUUGCAAAUUUUUUCUAUUAUUGGAUUUAAAUUCUAUCCACAUACAGACUUUCAUUGUACCAUAAUCAAAAGUAUGAAUCUACAAAAUUAUAAAAUUAUUAGAGUAAAAAUAAAUAAAAAUUAUAAAAGUCAUUGAAUAGUAUAUUUUUUAAAUACAAACUUUAAUUAAUAUUUUUUUCAUAUUUUGUUUCCAAUGUGAAUGUAUUCUAUAAGUAAUUGAUUUUGAAGGACUUAUAUAAUCUUCUAUUUGGGGAAUUUUUGAAUUAUUUAAGUCUAAAGUUGUUGCAGGUCUUAGUGCUCGUGGAACUAAAAAUUUACAUAUUUUAUAUAAAUAUAUGAAUAUAUAUUUAUAAUAUUAUAUUAAGUAAUUUAAUAAUAAAACAUACUUUUUAACACAUAUUGAACAAUAGCAUCGAUAUUAGAAUUUUUUAUCAUAUAAUCUUCAUUUGAUAAAAUAAAUGGUUCAAAUAAAUUUUCGUUAUAUCUUGAUACAUAAUAUACAAAAUGAACAUCUGUAAAUUAUUUUAUAAAGAAAAAAUUAUCAAAAUUUAUUAUUUUUUAUUUUAAUAUUUUAUUUUAAUUUAAUUAUAUAAAGUUCAUAUAUUUACCUGGAUGAUUAUAUUUUAAUUGAUGUAAUAACGUCAUUAUAGAUUCUUUUUCGUUAUUAGAUAUAUGUGCUAAUGGAACUAAUAAUAUAACUACUUGUCCAAGAUUUCCAAUUAUAUGGUGCUUAUGAUUGUAUUCCCAAGUAUUAUUUAGAUAGGAAAACACUGUUUUUAAAACUUGCAUAUAAUUAAAUUGUGUAGACCCUAGAAGAUAUCAUAUAUGAUUAUGAUCAAUUAAAAUUAUAUAUGAAUAUUUUUAUAAAAUAUUAAAACUUACACAUAACAUUUGUAAAAUUAUUUAAUGUUUGAAAUGCAAUUGAUGGACUAUUUGUAACAUUUAAUAACCAUUCUCCUGAAGUACUAUUUAUUAUUCCCAUUUUUGAUCCAUACAUUGAUAUAUCUAAAUCUUGUAUUAAAAUUCUAAACACAAAGAACUUUGGAAAUAAAAAUAUAAAAUAUAAAAUUAUAUUAAUAUACUUACGCAAGGAAAUCUAUCAUAUAUUGUAUUGUCCAUGUACCGUCAAAUAUGAUUAUCGCUUCUAUUUGUGGUUGAUUUAUUUGAUGACAAGAUAAUUCAGGAAAUAAAUGAUUUUCUGCAUAAGUAUAAAAUUUUUCAGUUGCAAAGUCAACCAUUUGUUGUAAUGUUUCAGGAGAAAUAUACGCGAUGCUUUUACGAUAAGCUAAUGUCUGAGCUAUGGCAUAAGUCUAUUACAAAUAAUUCUAUUACAAAUUUGUAUAUUAAAGUAUUAUAUUUUUUCUCUAAUUUCAUUAAUAAUCGUCACAAACCUGUUCAUUUAAAAUAGUCUUUGGUACUGCAUAUUGGAAGGUUUGUAUUCGAUCGCAAGCUUUUACGUUUGUAUUGAAUACAACACCUUCAUAUGAAUAAUACAUUUCUAAAAUUUGACUAAGACGAAGACUGUAAAAAUCUUGAAUCCAACUUUGUAAAUAACUUGAAAUUAUCAUUCCUGAAACAAAUUGUAAAUAAGUGUUUUAUUAAGAAAAUAAAAUAUUAUUAAUUUACCAUCAA